CAGGGUUUUGUGAUUGAAUAGGUGGUUCGAAAUUUUAUUUUAACAUAAAACGCCAGAACUUGAUGCUACAUUUGUUAAUGGGUCAUUUAUUUGGAAGCAACCUUUGUAAAGGAGCUUUGUUUGUAACUUAUAAAGUAUAAAGAAUAUAUCAUAAUGAUUUGAAAUAAUAUAUUUUAGGUUAUGAGUGUAAUGUAAUUUCUAUAUUUCUGUGAUACUUUUUUUUAAAAACAAGAACUCUGUAGAAGUCUAUCAUGGAAAAGGAUAUACAACAAAUUCUACUCAGUUUGAGUAUCUAGAAAUUGCUAGAUAUUUAAAACUGACAGUUAUACAAAAUGUCCAAAUUGGCAUUUCAAAUAGCAAACCAAGGAGAUGAUGUUGGAUUAGCAGCACCUAUAAUUAAUUUUGAAGCAAUGGAACAGAGUGCAGUAUGUAUUGUGUCAGACUCACCUGAUGUGAAAGAAGAGGAAGAAGUAAAGGACAACGUUAGUUCAAUUAUUGGAAGUACCUUAGAGUCGGUGAAGGAUGGUGUCUAUAUCAGAUCCGAGAUGGUGGUAGGAAAAGAAGAAGACAGAAUAGAAAUGGGGCAAGCAGUUGUAAGCUGCUUGGAGACUGUUGGUGCUGGAGGUGAAGGGGCUAGUCCAAUUUUGGAUUCAUUGGGCAUUGUGAUAGAGGAAGUGCACAUAAUGGAAGAGGUAAAAUGGCAUCAGGAAGAGGUGCCAUUACAAAAUCAACAAGAGCAUAUUCUUUUCAAUCAGUUGUGUCGUGUAUGUGCUUUGGAAACAGAAAAUGUAGUGUCUGUGUUCGGAGAAGAAGGAACAGAAUUGCAAUUGGUUGAGAAGAUACACUGGCAUUUACCUAUUGAAGUAAAGGAAGAUGAUAAAUUGCCUGUGACGGUGUGUUCCUCCUGCAUAUCCACAUUGAAUUCCUUUCAUGAACUUGCAACAACGUGCUUCAAAGCAAAUGAAAAGCUGCAAAAACUCUUCAAUAUAGAUGAAUCAGAUAUGAAUGACUGUGGUGAAAAUAGUAAUUUUGCUGCAACACAUUUGCAACUCGAUAAACCAUUGGAUUCCUGUGAUAGAACAGUUCUCUUCAGAGAAAGCAUACACAAGGCACCCAAUAUAACUGGAAUGCAGAGAUCUUCAAAGCGACCUAAACUGCCAAGCCAUCAGUUAUCAAAAGCUAUUGAACUGUUGAAGAAAGCAAAGGAAGGACAUGGGAAGAGUAUGAGAAGUACACAAAAGACCUUGAAUAAUGGCCAUAAAUCAAAUAUAUUAUCUAACAAUGAUGCUGCUGAAAUGGACCAGUCUGGAGAUGAUCAUUAUGCUGAUAAUGAAGAUGUAAAGAUUAACAGUAUUCCCUCUGAUGACUUAACACAAAACACUGAAGAACCUCAUCACAGUGGCCCAUCACCAAUUUGUAUUGAGAAAAGUGAAUAUUGUAGGCCACAACGAAAACUUAAGAAGAAGACAUCUAAAGAUUGUGACAUUUUCCUUAAAUCUAAGAUGGUUGGAGUAAUGCAACAUAUAAUGAGAAAGGAAGAUGAGAAUGAAGAUGAGAUUAAGGAAAGGAAAAGAAAUGUAAAUCGUAAAGAAUGGAGAUGUGAAACUUGUGGAUAUGUGUUACCAAGAAAAACUGCAUUAAUCAUGCAUCAGCAGCGAAAACAUGCCCCACAGAAUUUUUCUUGCAGCUACUGUGACAAAACUUUCCGCAAUGCAAUAGCAAUGAAAGUACAUGAACGGAGUCACACAAAGGUUGCUGCUGAAAAAACUGAGCCAACUUCUUACAUGUGCGAGUUCUGUGGCAAAUCAUUCCGGGGAAAGAAGACAUUGAAGGAACAUCAUCUAGCAAAUCACAGUGAUGAAAAGCCUUAUAAAUGUGAUAAAUGUGAUAGAAACUAUGGUUCCCUAGCCAGUCUUGACAUUCAUAAGGCCACCCAUUCUACUGAAACCCCCUAUCUUUGUGAUCUGUGUGGUAAGAGCUUUAAGCAUGUGAGCAAUCUCCGCAGCCACAAGCGUUCACAUAUGGAUGAUUCGGACAAGAAUCGUCAGGUAUGUGAUGUCUGUGGUAAGGGAUUUCGGUCCAGGUUUCACUUAUCAGAACAUAUGAAUGUACAUACUGGAAGACGUCCAUAUUCAUGUAAUGUGUGUGGCAAGCAUUUCCACAAAAAGAUCCAGCUUCGGCAACAUGGUUCAGCACAUUCGGGAAUGCAGCCCUUCAAAUGUCAUCUGUGUGGUGUUCGAUUUAAUCGUAGGGGAAACAUGACGCAGCACAUAAAGCGUCAUGACAGAGAACGCAAGUACACUUGCAGAGUAUGUAAUGAAGGUUUUGCUACGCUGGGAGCUGUUCUGAGUCAUCGCAAAAAGCAUACAAAAGAAGAGGUUGAAAACAGCAUACGACAGCAGACGGGAACAGUAGAUGACCCAGAGCAAGUGGCUUACAAAUGUGAAGUAUGUGGUAAGCUUCUUGCUAAAAAGGAAUCUUUAUCCAUCCACAUGCGUUCCCAUACAGGUGAGAAACCAUUUGAAUGUGGAGUAUGUGGAAAACGGCUGAGCAACAAGGGUUCUUUAUCGUAUCACAUGCGCUCCUUCCACACAGGAGAACGGCCUCAUACUUGUCAAUACUGUGGAGAAGGCUUCCUGUCUCGCGAAGCCCGUCUGGUACAUGAACGAAUACACACAGGAGAAAAACCAUAUAUAUGUUCUGUUUGUGGUAUGGGCUUCCGAUGCUCCAGUAAUUUGGCCCAGCACUCUCGUGUUCAUUCAGAGGCUCGGCCUCAUCCAUGCCCACACUGUGAAAAACGUUUCCAAAGAAAGGGUGCACUUGAUGUACAUAUCCGCACUCACACGGGUGAACGUCCCUAUGCCUGUGACAUGUGUGGUCGACGGUUCACUCAGAAGAAUGACAUGCUCAAACACCGGCGAACACAUUCCCCAGACCGACCCUGCCCCUGUCCUCAAUGUGGCCAGGUAUUUUCACAGAAACGUGAGCUUGCUAAACAUCAGUUGUUGCAUAUAGCAACAUCUCAAACAGCAGUGCAGCAUACUAUUGAGAAUUCACCCCCUACACAGACAGUACUCAUCACAACAGCUGACAGUCUCAUUACAUAUCCAGAAAUAAAUGUACCAGUAAUAUACAAUUACUAGAUAACAGAAGAUAUGUAAUGUUACAUAGUUCCACUUAAAAUGUACAAGUUUUGUAUGAAAGUUUUUGAUUUAUAAUUAUGUCAUACUUCCGACACCCAAUAUAUGUUGGGACAGUUUAUUGUAUAGACCUGAAACAUCAUGAAGAUUUUAAACUGUUUUGGUUAAUAAAUGUUGAUUAUGUAUGAAGAAAUCUGACUUGAAAGGAAUUCUUUCUUAUUCUUCAUUGCAUUCUGUCAGAAACUUUUUCAUAGGAUCUCUUUAAUUCUUAAAAAAUUUGUUCAGUUAUUGAUUAUUGUAUAAACAAAUGGACUAUCUAUCAAAUCAUGUGUGUAGUAUUUUGUGAAUAAAUGCAGCUUGAAGUGCAAAUUGAAAAUAGAAAGUGCAUCCUUUAUGUGGGUAAAUAUGGUAUAUUAAAGUAAACAUUUAUUUUUCUCAGAAUAGAUAUGUUGAUAAUAAAACUGUUACUGAAAUUAGUUUAUACUUGUAUUCUUUGUGCACGAUUGACUGGAGUCAAAUGCCAGACUGUCAAAUGUUUUUCAAGAUGUAUUCAACAAUUCACCCCAAAUAUCUUGCAUAAAUAAGACAGAAUGAAAUAAAUCUGUUUAUUUAUCUUCUAGUUCAUAAUAACUGUUAAUACUUUAUGCUUUGAAUUCAUAUUUAUGCUUUAUAUGCAUGGACUUUACUUAAAGAAUUUAUAUAUUGAAGUAUAGUUUAUGAAUUCAUAAGAUUAAUUGCAAUUGCCAAGGAACCCAUUUGAAAUAUGUAACUUUAUAAUAGCAUGGUCACAGUUUGGUCUUUGGUAAUGAACCAAAUGUGUGGAGCAUUGAUUAUUCCCAUUGGGACAGGUUCUAUUCCAAUAAUCAAUCGACAACAUGCUGAGAAAUGAACUGAAUAUGCUGCAAUACUUAUGUAACAAUUACAGAAGCAAUGAAAGUUCUUAAGAUAUUUAAUACUGCUAAACCAUUAACCCCAGAACUAAGUCAGGCUGGCAGCCUUAUAGUAUAUGGAUCUUCAAGUAAGAAUAAACAGGUAUAAACAGCUGAAAUUUACUGUUCACAUAAUUCUUCUUCCAGGACAAUAAUCCAUGGUCUACCAUAUUGGUGUUAGUUUUAAUUCUUAUUAACUUCAUGUCUCCACUAGCUUAAAACUUUUUCUUCAUUCAAAGUUUAAUAUGCAUACAGAAUCAGUACUUUAUCUGUCUCACAACAAAUAGUAUUUUAUUAUUCAACUGUGAAACACAUACAGUAAAACAGAUUAUUCAUUUAAAAUGUCUGGUCUUCACAAGAUAUUUUGGGUGAACUGUGGGACUGAUUAUCAUAAAAAGAAUUUAUUUUAUAAUUUUUAUUUACCUAUGUAAAGGCAAUUAUAACAUACAUAUUAAAGUCACAUGUUAAUAGCAGGCUUGUCAACAGAGAACUUUAUGGCUUAAAAAUUAUACUAAGAUGCUACCUGAAAUUUAAAUAUGUUUUUGAUAUGUUUAUUCAUUUAUUUUUCUUUUGUAAAUAAAUACUACUGAACAGGAA